CCCAUCCUCUUAUGGGUGACACUAGAGGGUGUGAUUACAAAUAUACAGUCAAACAAAUGUUGUAUUGGUGUAUAUAGUGUAUAUAGUGUUGAGUGCAACACACUUAUUUUUGGUGUAUUGAGUUUGCUGUGAUUGUUGUGAUUCGAUAUUUGCUGAAAUCCAUUAGCUGUUUAUUCAGUUGGGGCCUCCCCCACAUACACAGACUCAUUUGUAUAAGAGUUCUUUGGAAUUAAACAUGUCUCUUUAAUCUCCCAGCCCUCAAAAUCCAACCCACACACACAUGCACGUAGACAGCUCAUGUUCGCUCCUGAGGUGGCUUACCAGAGGCAGUAAUCUGGGGGCAGUUACAUCACUCAUCUCAAAUUGUGUGUAUCUGAGGAUUAAGAAGGUCAAGGGGAGGAGGAAUGUGCAGUGGUGGUGUGGUCUCUGUUGUGUGCUUUUAGUUCAGGACAAUUUAGACACUUGGACACACAUGAACACAGGUUUUUCUUGCACACACGCGCUCACCAAGUAGACGCUCACAUGAUGGAAGGCACGUCAGCAGCAGCGAUGGCAGACGCACACAUGGAGGAACUGGUGGAGCGAUCUGAAGUAGCUGAAGAUGGAAGAGAUCAGCUGUACCAUGAUGGCUCUCUCUUAGCACCUGAAGUAGACUUCAUAACAGAUGAACACAGCUCGACACACAGUAACAUGGAGUUGACAGACAGGCUCAUGUACUUGGAGCAGCGCCUCCAGAUUCAGGAGGAUGAGGUGCAGCUGCUGAAGAUAGCUCUGGCUGAUGUUCUCAAAAGACUCAACAUUUCAGAGGCUCAAACUGCUGCUCACACUAAAAGAGGGCCUGCUAAAGCAUCCAGGCCUAUGUCUUUGGCCCUGCAACCUAGAACAAGCAGCAAUGCAGCCAACUCCAUGAAGAAGUGCUCCAGCUCCACACUGCCCUCUUCCACAUCCUUGAAGAAUUACAACCCUUUGCUAGCCACUAAAAGAGGCCCAGCAAGCGGUGCGAAAGACAGUUACAGUGUUCCUGCAAGCCGUCGCACUGCUCCAACAACCAGCACCACCUCAACCCCCUGUAAGAAACUUCAAGAGAGCAACAAACCAAAGGAGAGCAUCACAAGUGUUGUAGGAAGCCGACGUGUGACUCACUGCAAAGUGACUAUGCAGAUCUAUCUGAGUCACCCAGCAAAAAAGACUGGGCCUACUGAGAAUGCAGUCGCUAUACCAGUGUGGCCGAGUGUGUGCUCUCCAGAUAAAGCUGCCUCAGACAAGAAGAAAGUAGGAGCUGUGAAGAAGCCUCCCUGCUCACUAUCCUUACACAGGAGCACAUGUCAGAGCCCCUUUUCUCCUGCUGACACCCCUAUCUACAAGAGUCCCCUUAAGUCCCCUAGUCAGUAUUUCCAGAUCUGUUAUUAAACACACACAGUAGUAGAACCUGGACAAUCAAUCUGGUGUUCAUAAGCCACUAAAUAAAAACUGUUGAUUGUUAACUAGUGGAAGUGACAUGUUGGUUAAUUCUUAACUCUCGAAUGACUAACAUGUUGGUUUUAAUUAUUUUGGUUCUGAUCAUGUGAAUUUGCAGGACGUUAUUUGUUGCAGGAUGUAAGUAAAGUUAUUUUAAGAUAAUUUUUUUGAAAAAACGUACUAACGUAC